CAUUAGAAACUGCACCGCAUUCUUCAUUGCUUGUAAACCUCGCGAAAGUAGCAUGAGAAUCAACUCAUAUAUUCCAAAUCGACCCCGGACAGGUUCCUCGAUAAUGAGUCCUGACAAGCAUCUCGCUCAGGCUGAUAAUUAUCAGACUCCCGAGUCAUCUCUCACACUAAUGAUCGGUCAAGGCAGCUCCACAAUUAAAACUUUCAUAUAGCUGCAAUCCUUCCGUGCGCAGCCCACGUACUGGACGGUUUUCGGCUCCAGCCAUCCGCUGGCUGAGACGGCGUGUUUUUCCACAAAGCGUCCCUUUUCCUUCCCAAACAUGCGUUCAUGACUCCGAUGAAAUCCUGGAUGGCCGUUCGUGGAUGAAGUAGUUCCGGAAAAUUAUGACCAACGAUGACAUCACAUUGAGGUCACACAAGGCGAGCCUUGCCCCGCAAAUUUCACAUGGCCUCUGGACCGAUGCCUGUGUCCAAUCUUUAACCAUGGAGACGUCGCACACACACACACACAGACAUGCGCAGCCCCCUCAGGGCUAUACCGUCAUCGCGAAAACGCUAUCGGUUGAGUGAGACGUGCAUGGAGAUCGAGUCCUAAGUCCUACAUAAUUAAUACAGAUAUGGAGUAUGAAGUGGACAAGAAUGGUA